CUUUGGUAUGUGCUAACCAAGGUAGUCUUCUCAGAUGCAACCGGGAACUUGGCCCUCUGGAUGUUCCUGGAGCUACUCAAUAACUGGGAUACCCAGUAUAGCUGGGGUUCGGCCGCACUAGCAUAUUUGUAUCGUCAGCUUGACUUGGCGUGUCGCAGGAAGGGAGAUACAUCCUCAUUGUCUGGGUUUGUUUGGAGCCUAUCCGUGUGGAUGUGGGAGCAGAUCCCGGUUGGACGGCCCGAUAUCAAGGACCCCAACAUGGCAAACCCACGGGGUAAUCCAGACGGGCUGCAUGAUGAUGAUCCAUAUCGACGCCCUACGCUUGCUUACUAUUGGGAACAAGUGACAGUGUACACAUGAAGCUCGCAUGUGCGAUACAAGUGCUAUAUGAACGAGCUGGACACCUUGACUGCUGAGCAGGUACAUUGGUUGCCUUAUAUGGAAGAUCGUGACUAUGAUCUUAAUGAGAUGUGCACGCGUGAUAGCCAUCUUUGGCGGGCGAGGUGCCCAAUGAUAUGCUUCUUCGCAGUCGAGUGGCACUUUGUAGACCGUGUGGCGAGACAAUUUGGAAGAAGACAAGGUAUUUUAAUUGAGGAGAGCAACAAGCAAAUGCUAUCUCUGCAUCGGUUCGAUCGAAGGAACAAUCAGGAUAUAUCGGGUUGGGCAAACAAACACCGUGCAUGGAUAGAAAUUUGGAAUCAAAGAGACACGUUAGUGCAAUCAGAGAAUAGACCUCACAAUCAGUCAGCAUAUCAGAAGUAUCAAGUGUGGUAUGCGGAUCGUUACCGGUUAAAGCUAAAGCCUGGUUGGACUCACGAGGAGUGGUCGGAGUUGGUGUCUGAAGACCCGGAGACUGCAGAAGGUUAUCAUACCUUCAACACGACUGUGAGAGACACCAGAGGGGCUCACGUUGACUAUGCGCCGAUGCAUGACGAAAUGGGCAGAUCGUUGCUUCUGUGUGUCAACGAUGUCAAUGUUGCACUGAGUCAUCCACCUGGUGGUGUAUUAUCUGAGAGGACUCUUAGGAGCACGAUGGAGAAGUUCAAGAAGCGGUUUCAUAAGAUGGCAGCAAUGCUUUCUUGCCAUGGUGCUCAGUCCAGUGACGUGUAUGCACCUGGUACCCGCGCCAGAGCUAAUAGACGGCGUUAUAUCCAGAACGAUGAGGACAUGGAGGAGGAGGUCCAUGAAGAGGAGCCAUCACAUCAAGAGGAGCCAACACAAGAUGAGGAGCAUGAGUAUGAUGCAACACAUCAAGAGGAUCAUGAGUAUGAUGUUGAUGCUCCACAACCAUCACAGGUUACACAACCAACACAAGGCAAUGCCCGCUCUAGGAAAGGCAAAGCCAUAGCUAAGACACCAGGCAAGAAAGGUAGAAAGAAGACAUGGAACACACAAUUCCAUAGUCCGGAGUAUCCUCAUCAGCUUAUCCCAACAGGAAUGCAAAGAUAUAAGGCCAACAUUGAGGCGGAGGAGGAGGCAUACAACGAAGAGGAGGAGGAGGCUAGCGAAGAAGAGGAGCCUACACUUGCAGCACUCGUGAAGAGAGGAAGGAGGAAGUGAGCUUAUUGUUUGGAAGUGUAUGAACUAGGUGGUGUUUGUAUGCAUGAACUUGGUGUUGUGGUAAAAACUUUUAAGGUUGUCUUGAAUUUGG